AAUAUAAGAGGGCGGCCAUCUUUGUUGCUCUGCCUUAGUGUAAAAUAUUCCAAAACGCCCCCCUACUUUUCUCCCGUGCCGAUUUGAAUAUUAAAUAAAUAACACUCCAUCCGCUGCAAGAAUUACAGCUUUUUGUCUUAUUAAUUUUUUUUUAAUGUUUUUUAUUCAAACACUGCACACAAGGACGGAGGCGCCAAUGACGGCAGGAAUAUAAUAAUGUCCUCUCCUCUCCGCUCUUGCGAGGAAGACGAGGGCAUGGUGGUUAAUUCCGAGGGAGGAGAUUUUGAUGAAGACGAUGAGGACGACGGGGAGCUGGACGAGAACGCAAGCGACAUAAACUCGCCGGCGGCACCUCGGGAAACUGCAACACCACCAGCCGCGCCAGACGACGACCCAGAGAUAUCAGACAGAGAGGUCCCGUGCAAGAAGAAGGGCCGGCCCAAGAAAAAGAAGGACGCAAAGAAGAAAGAAAAGGAGGGAAAGCCGAUCAAAACAAAGAAACGCAAGAAGAUCGACAGCGAUGUAGAACGAAUUUCUGACAGAGAAAGAGACUAUGGGGAAAACUCAGACAGCGUGGCCAGCGACUAUGGCUCUGGUGAGAAAAAGAAAAAGAAGAAACACAAAGAAAGGAAGGAGAAGAAAACCAAGAAAAAGAAAAAGGAUGACGGGGACCGAGACAGCAGCCAGGAGGAAACGACAAAGCAGCCGAUAGAGCAGAAAACGUCUGCCCAGCUGGCAAAGGAGUGGGGUCUGGAGGAUGUUGAUCAUACCUUCACAGAGGACGACUACAGGGAGCUCACAAACUAUAAAGCCUUCAGCCAGUUUAUGAGGCCAAUGAUAGCCAAAAAGAACCCGAAAAUCCCCAUGUCGAAGAUGAUGACCAUCCUCGGGGCCAAGUGGAGGGAGUUCAGCUCUAACAACCCCUUCAAGGGCAACGCCGCUGCCGUCGCAGCCGCAGCUGCCGCCGCCGCCAUUGCUGUUGCCGAGCAGGUCUCUGCAGCGACCGCCUCGCCCGAACCACCGCCUCAGCCGCCACCCAUUAGAAAGGCCAAGACGAAAGAGGGCAAAGGUCCUGGAUAUAAAAAGCGUAGUAAAAGUCCUCGAGUCCCCGACAAGAAGAAAGCCAUUGCUAAGGCUAAAAAGAUGGCCCCCAUUCGUAUUAAACUAUUACCUAUAGCUGGGAAGAGGAAAAAGAGCUGCUCUAGCGAGGACAUCGAUGAGGACGAGUCUGAGCAGGAGGACUCCAGCGUUCACAGCUCCUCUGUUCGUUCCGACAGCUCUGGAAGGGUAAAAAAGAACAAACGGGGACGGCCCGCCAAGAAGAAGAAGAAAAUUCCAGGUGAGGAGGAAGGUGACGGCUAUGAGACCGAUCACCAGGACUACUGUGAGGUGUGUCAGCAGGGCGGCGAGAUCAUCCUGUGUGACACCUGUCCCCGAGCGUACCACCUUGUAUGCCUUGAGCCAGAAUUGGACAAGGCUCCCGAGGGCAAGUGGAGCUGCCCGCAUUGUGAAAAAGAAGGAAUUCAGUGGGAGGCAAAAGAUGACGACUUUGAGGAUUUUGAGGAGGACAGCGAGGACAGAGUGAUAUCCGAGGUCAGCAUAGGGGUCCCCACCAGCACAGAGGAAGAGGAGGACGACCACAUGGAGUUCUGCCGGGUGUGUAAGGACGGCGGAGAACUGCUGUGCUGCGACACGUGCACGUCCUCCUACCACAUUCACUGUCUGAACCCUCCGCUGCCCGAGAUCCCCAACGGCGAGUGGCUCUGUCCACGAUGCACGUGUCCUCCUAUCAAAGGAAGGGUUCAGAAGAUCCUCCACUGGAAAUGGGGCGAACCACCUCCUCCCAUUCCUGUCCCACCGCCUCCAGACGCUCCUCCUGACGCCCCUCCGCCUCCGCCCAUGAAGGGCAGAGCUGAGAGGGAGUUUUUCGUUAAGCUGACCAACCAAUCAUACUGGCACUGUACCUGGAUCACUGAGCUGCAGCUGGAGAUCUUCCACUCAGUGAUGUACAGAAACUACCAGAGGAAGACGGAUAUGGACGAACCCCCCAGCCUGGAUUACGGGUCGGGGGCAGAGGACGAGAACGGAGGGGGUAAGAGCGAGAAGAGACGGGCCAAAGAUCCCCAGUACGCCCUGCUAGAGGAGAAGUACUACAAAUACGGCAUCAAACCGGAGUGGAUGAUGAUUCAUCGCAUCAUAAACCACAGUGUGGACAAAAAGGGGAUGUAUCACUACCUGGUAAAGUGGAAAGAUCUGACCUAUGACCAGUGUACCUGGGAAAGAGAUGACAUGGAUAUACCUGAGUUUGAACUCCACAAAGCCAACUACUGGAGACACAGGGACAGCAUCAUGAAAGAAGACCCUGAUAAACCCAGGAAGAUGACGAGCAAAGAGGGAGACGGUGAAGAGGAGUCUCCUCCUUCCCCACUCACAGAUCCAACCAUCAAAUAUGAGGAGCAGCCUGACUUUGUGACAGCGACAGGCGGCACCUUGCAUCUCUACCAGCUGGAGGGGCUCAACUGGCUUCGGUUCUCCUGGGCCCAGGGCACAGACACCAUCCUGGCAGAUGAAAUGGGCCUCGGCAAAACCAUCCAGACAAUCGUCUUUCUCUACUCGCUAUUUAAAGAGGGUCACACUAAGGGUCCUUUCCUGGUCAGUGCGCCCCUUUCCACCAUCAUAAACUGGGAGAGAGAGUUUGAGAUGUGGGCUCCCGAUUUUUACGUGGUGACGUACACUGGAGACAAAGACAGCCGAGCUAUCAUCAGAGAGAACGAGUUCACAUUCGAUGACUCCAUCAAAGCAGGAAAGAAAGCCUUCAAGCUGAAGCGCGAGGCUCCCAUUAAAUUUCACGUCCUUCUCACCUCCUAUGAGUUGGUGACUAUAGAUCAAACGGCACUGAAGUCCAUCGACUGGGCGUGUCUGGUGGUGGAUGAGGCUCAUCGCCUAAAGAACAACCAGUCCAAGUUUUUCAGGCGUCUAAAUGACUACAAAAUUGACUACAAGCUGCUGCUGACAGGAACUCCUCUACAGAACAAUCUGGAGGAGUUGUUCCACCUGCUCAACUUCCUCACACCCAAUCGCUUUAACAACCUUGAGGGCUUCCUGGAAGAGUUCGCCGACAUCUCCAAAGAGGACCAGAUCAAAAAACUUCACGACCUCCUGGGUCCUCACAUGCUACGGAGACUCAAGGCCGACGUCUUCAAGAACAUGCCCGCUAAGACCGAGCUGAUCGUCAGAGUGGAGCUGAGCCCCAUGCAGAAGAAGUACUACAAGCUGAUUCUGACCAAGAACUUUGAGGCUUUGAACUCCAAAGGAGGAGGAAACCAGGUGUCUCUGCUCAACAUCAUGAUGGACCUGAAGAAGUGCUGCAACCACCCGUACCUCUUCCCCGUCGCCUCCAUGGAAGCCCAGAAAACCCCCAGCGGAGCGUAUGAGGGAUCAGCCCUCACAAAGGCUUCUGGGAAACUGACGCUGCUGCAGAAGAUGCUGAGGAAGCUGAAAGAACAAGGCCACAGAGUGCUGGUCUUCUCACAGAUGACUAAAAUGCUGGAUUUAUUAGAAGAUUUUCUGGACUAUGAGGGUUACAAAUAUGAGAGAAUCGACGGGGGCAUCACAGGCGCUCUGAGACAAGAAGCCAUAGACAGAUUCAAUGCUCCUGGGGCUUGCCAGUUUUGCUUCUUGCUCUCCACCCGAGCCGGAGGCUUAGGCAUAAACCUGGCCACUGCUGACACCGUCAUCAUCUUCGACUCCGACUGGAACCCCCACAACGACAUACAGGCGUUCAGCAGAGCUCAUCGCAUCGGGCAAGCCAACAAGGUGAUGAUCUACCGCUUUGUGACGCGAGCCAGCGUUGAGGAGCGCAUCACUCAGGUAGCCAAGAGGAAGAUGAUGCUGACCCAUCUGGUGGUGCGGCCCGGUCUGGGAUCCAAGGCCGGCUCCAUGACCAAGCAGGAGCUGGAUGAUAUCCUCAAGUUUGGGACGGAGGAGCUUUUCAAGGACGAAGGAGAAGGCAUGAAGAACAACGCUGGAGACAAAGUUGAGGAUGAGGGCAGCGUCAUUCAUUACGAUAGCGCUGCCAUCGAGAGGCUGCUGGACCGCAGCCAGGACGCCACAGACGACACGGACGUCCAGAACAUGAACGAGUACCUGAGCUCCUUUAAGGUUGCCCAGUACAUGGUCCGAGAGGAGGACAAGAUCGAGGAGAUCGAGCGUGAGAUCAUCAAACAGGAGGAGAACGUGGAUCCGGAUUACUGGGAGAAGCUGCUGCGGCAUCACUACGAGCAGCAGCAGGAGGACCUGGCCAGCAAACUGGGCAAAGGGAAGAGGAACCGCAAGCCUGUCAACUACAAUGACGCCGCGCAGGAAGACCAAGAGUGGCAUGCUGACAUUUCAGAUAACCAGUCCGAAUAUUCGGUGGGCUCCGAGGAGGAAGACGAGGACUUCGACGAUCGGCCAGAAGGUCGGAGACAGUCGCGUCGUCAGCUGAGGAAUGAGAAGGAUAAACCGCUGCCUCCUCUUCUGGCCAGAGUGGGAGGAAACCUUGAGGUUCUGGGAUUUAACACACGGCAGCGCAAAGCUUUCCUGAACGCGGUGAUGCGUUGGGGAAUGCCGUCUCAGGACGCUUUCUCCUCCCAGUGGCUGGUUAGGGACCUCAGGGGAAAAACUGAGAAGGAAUUCAAGGCUUACGUGUCUCUCUUCAUGCGCCACCUGUGCGAGCCGGUGGCCGACGGGGCCGAGACAUUCGCCGAUGGCGUCCCGAGGGAAGGCCUGUGCCGGCAGCUCGUCCUGACGCGUAUUGGCGUCAUGUCGCUCGUCAAGAAGAAGAUCCAAGAGUUUGAGCACAUAAACGGACGGUGGAGCCUCCCGGAGCUCAAACCUGAGGUCAGCAUUGACAAAUCCUCCUCCCGUGGUUCCUCCCCUGCUGCAAAAACCGCUACUCCCACACCCGACGCCAGUUUCAACAACACCCCAUGCACGUCCAAACCAGCGACCCCAGCUCCUUCAGAGAAGCUGGAAAAGAAUGGAAAGGAGGGGGAAAAGGAGGAGGAGAAGGAAAAGGGGGAGGCAGAGUCCUUGGAAAAGGAGAAAGUUAAGGAGCAACAGAAAGAGGUGGAUGGGAACAAAAGUGGCGACACUGAAGAGCUUUCAUCCAGAACAAAAGACACGUCACAGAAGACAGACGAGAGCAACACCAAGGAGGAGGACAGGAGAGAGUCAACAGAGCCUUCAGCUGCUGCACCAGAGGAGAAGAAAUCACAGGAGGAUAGUAAGGAGGAGGCAAAACAAGAAGCUGCAGUUACAGAAAAGAAACCAGAGGGAGAGAGGGAGGAAAAGGAGAAAGAAAAGCGGGACGAAACGCGAACGACUACAGAAGCAGCAGAAGCCAGAGAUAAAACCGAGGCGUCUGACCUGAAGAGAGAAGAGGUCAAAGGUGAGAAGGACGCCGGGAUCAAAGUAGCAAAGGAAGAGCCGACGACGAAGGGUAAUGGGAAGCCUCAGGCUGAGCGGCCGCGCUUCAUGUUCAACAUCGCCGACGGCGGCUUCACAGAGCUGCACACUCUCUGGCAGAACGAGGAGCGGGCCGCCAUCUCCUCUGGGAAGAUGAACGAGAUCUGGCACCGUCGACACGACUUCUGGCUCCUGGCGGGAAUUGUGGUACACGGCUACGCCCGUUGGCAGGACAUCCAGAACGACCCGCAGUUCGCCAUCGUCAACGAGCCUUUCAAGUCGCAGGCAAACAAAGGAAACUUCCUGGAGAUGAAGAACAAGUUCUUGGCUCGACGUUUUAAGCUGCUGGAGCAGGCUCUGGUGAUCGAGGAGCAGUUGCGGCGGGCUGCUUACUUAAACAUGACCCAGGAUCCGAGUCACCCAGCCAUGGCUCUGAACGCUCGCUUCGCAGAGGUGGAGUGCCUGGCGGAGUCGCACCAACACCUUAGCAAGGAGUCGCUGGCAGGAAACAAGCCGGCCAACGCUGUUCUGCACAAAGUGUUGAACCAGCUGGAGGAGCUGCUGAGCGACAUGAAGGCCGACGUGACCCGGCUGCCUGCCACGCUGUCCAGAGUCCCGCCCAUCGCCGCCCGCCUGCAGAUGUCCGAGAGGAGCAUCCUCAGCCGGCUCGCAAGCAAGGGCACCGAGACGCACACGCCUCCGCCCAUACCUCCAGGACCCUACGCCACCCCUCAGAACUACGGCGCCCCCUUCACCCCGGCGCCGCCCAGCGCUCUGCACAUGGGAGGAGCCAACUACAGCCAGAUGCCGCCGGGAUCCUUCAUAUCAGUCCUGAACGGGCCUCCCAUGUCUGUGAAGAAGGAACGGGAAGCAGAACUGCUGGUGAACCGACGGGAGCAGCGCAGCGGCGAGGUCAUCUGCAUCGACGACUAGACUACACACACACACCCCAUACUAGUACGCACACCUGAAACCCAUUUCCUGCUAAAAUGACACCUUUCGGUUUCUCCCUCACAGAGGGACAUUUUUUUUGCAGGAGAAAACAGCACAGUGCUGAACUACCCUCUCAGUGUUAUAAAUAACUGACUGGCUGAAAAAAACCAACGUAAGCGAUUGUGAUUGUAGUUGCUUAAUUUGAAACAAACACUUCCAACAUAACUGCAUUUGCACACGUAGACAUACUCUCACUGUCACAAACACUCCAACCUGCCUCUGACUUCUACCCAUUUUACGUCUGCCUCAAACCAUUAUACUCCUCAUGAACGGCCGGCUUUCUAAAGUGGGCCUCCUCCUCAAGAGAUGCUUCAAACCUCACCUAUACACAUGCAAACAUACAUUAAAAAAAACGCGAAACCCAGCCCAGUCCCAGAAACCUACUAGAUCUGUCAGUAUUCAGUAUCUCCCUUCCUCCUCUUCUCAAACCUCCCUCAGAAAGCUGCAUGUAAAAACUAUACUCAUUUCUACCACGUCGCUCCAUCCCCUGAAGCAUGCUCUUAUCACAACAAUGCUGUCUUGUGGAAAACGAGAGAAAAAAAAAAAAAGAAAUGUUAUCAAGCUGUGCCUACUCAUUUUAAUACUAUUUCUAAAGCUCAGAGAAAGGCUGAUCCUCUGGUGUCUGAGCUUAAACAGCUCCAAGCACAGCUCAAGCUCUUUUUUUUUUUUUUUUUUAAACCUUUAUUUUGCUCCUUUUUUUUAACGGUACAUCUUUAGAUAAAACUCAUGUGCAAAGGUAUGAUAUUAUAAAUAUAUUCAGGACUUGUUUGACCAUAAAGUAUUUUCCAGCAUCCUAAUCCGCUUACCUGGUUUGAGUCUAUGUACAGAGCUUCGAGGUAUUUGAAGGGGGUUUGUUUUAGGAAAAGGCUUGUAACGGCGCUAUUUUUCAAGAGCCCCCCCCCUAUGAAUGUUUAUAACCUUUCAUAAGCAAAUCAGUGUUAUUAAAGCCUGUCGACCAACCUCUUCUCUCACUGCUCUUUACUUUCCUUACCGGCGCUUUUAAUCUAGUUUUAAUUUGGUUUUUAUUUUAUUUUAUUUUUUUUUUUCUGUUUCUUUCUACAAAAUCCUGUGAUAUACUUUGCAUAUUUAAGCAGCUCAUUCGUGUUCUCUUGUAUUUUUACUCUUCCAGUUAUGAGCAUUGUUGUCGUUGAUGUUGUUCUCGCUGUUGCUAUUCGAGAAAGAGCUUCUACCAAAAGAGACGUUUCUUUGUAACUAUAAAUAUAGAAAACCAACAGUAUGUUUGCCACACAAUACACAGUUCUACCAUGUUUUUGUCCCGUUGUUGCAAGAGAACGCAAAAGUGCAAAUAUAAUGCAAGAAAGCAAACUUUACUUGCUUAAUUUUUAAUUUUGAGGCUUAAUUAUAUAAGUCAGUGAAAAAAGAUUGUAAUCCCAAAUAUAUUCUACCAAGAUCUUAGUCCAUUUUAACCCCAUUUAAAGAAACAUAUUAGUUAUUCAGAGUCUGAGAUGGGACUUUUAUAUGUUCAGCCAUUUAAAACGCCUUAAUAAACAAAGCUGAACACAUGUUAAGACAUUAAAUACAUUUAGAAACUGAUGUCAGUCUGUAAAUUCUUGUCAGUAUCGGCUGUUUUCAAAACUGAAAAGAUGGCCUAUCUUUGGAUCAAUGCAUACCAUAUACUUUCCCCAAGGAUUUGUAACAAAUUUCUGUUAUUUAAAAAGAAUGUUGAACAAUUCCUAAACUAAAACUUUAAGUAAAGGACAACAAAUCAGUUCUUUGCCCACUAUUAUUUUAUCCUAGUUUUCUGAGUUUUCAGUUGUUUUCCAGGUAUUUUUUGUCACUGUGUAUGUGGUGGUGCCAAUUAAAUGACAAGUGGCAGUAAAAACAUGUCAGAGAUGACACAUCUCCUUAUUUUUUUCUCUUUCUUUGUUUGU